GAAGGGAAGGAGGGAGUUGGGCAAAUUCAGUAGCUCUCCCAGUUCCAGUCUGUUUUUGGUUUAGCCUGCUACAAGACGCAGCACUUCGGGUGAGUCAGUCGACGGAAACUGUAGCUACAGGUGUGCAUUCACUGUACUCUUUCGAGAAAAAAACGAGGCGUGUAACAAAACAAGAAGUCAGAACUAACCUGCCAACAUUCUCAAGGUUGACUGCUGGGGCAAAAUCUCUGGGCAAAACAUGGUUAUUACCUGCUGUGGAUGUGACAGUCUUCACUAGGCUAAUAGAAUAUUUGGCACCUCAGUAAACAACACAAGAAGCGCGCGAUGGAGUUUCGGCUCGUGCUCACGUGCCUGCUGUUCAGCUUUCACCUGCGCGCGGCAAAGUCGCAGAGCUCGAGCUCUGCUUCAGCCAGUUACCCAUAUGUUUGAGAGCCAAUGCAGUGAACACUACAUACUAAUUGAAGAUCAGAGAGGCAAACACACAGCAGGAGCAGAGCAGAGGGAAUAAUUCAUUGCCAGUCACUGUGGCUUGGAGUAUGAGUGCACUUGGAGAUGAUCCUACUUCUCAUCUUCAGAUGACCCACGCAGUGGAAAGCAAAGGAAUGAAGACUUUGUGCAGUAGCAUACAGUUGCGUGUGUUUGAGUCAAGGAGUGCGUGGGAGCAGGGAGGAAAACCCUGGAAAGUACAGUGGGAGGGGAGAAAUGAUACCAUUGUGAACUGCUGUGAAGGUGACGUCUUGUUCCUACUUGAUUCUUCGGGCAGCGUGUCGAUGUUUGAGUUUUCGCACAUGCUAAACUUCCUGUCAGAGCUUGUGCAGCCUUUUUCUCUGGGCGAUGGGCAGGUGAGGAUGGCGCUGCUGCAGGUUAGCACCACGCCUCACCUGGAGUUUGGCUUUGAGGCUUAUAGCAGGCAGCAGGACCUUCAGGAAGCACUACAGAGGACUCAGAAACUUGGAGGAGACACCAAUACUGAGGAAGCUCUUCUGAUCGCCAAGGAGGAGGUGUUGAAACAGGGCAUCCCAGGAGGUGCCAGAGAGGGACUGCCGAGAGUGCUGGUGUGGCUUACUGAUGGUGUGGAGCCCGGUGAUGUGCAGCAGGUCAUGGCUGAGCUGCGGGACGAGGGAGUCUAUGUGCUGGCUGUGUCCACUGGUCGAGGGAACUACCAGGUAUUAAGGGAUGUUGUGAGUCCACCUGCUGAGGAUCACCUGCACUUUGUGGAUAUUGAAGACAUGAGUAUCAUCACUGAGGACUUGAGGAAUGCCAUCAUUGAAAUCAUUCGUGCUAAGAGGCUGCAGGUCCAAGACAUCACCUCUACUAGUGCAGAGUUACACUGGAGGCCUGUGCUUGCAGGUACCGGGUACUAUGAUAUCCGGUUUGGACCUGUCCACUCGGGACAUACAGAAGGGAGUACGGCAGGCAGUGGUACUGACCAAAGCAUAGCCGUACGCCACUAUCAGAGAAUCACCCGCCCUGGCGACUCCAGCUCUGCCAGGCUGAGCAACCUAUACCCGGACACCACAUACAAUGUCACGCUAAUCCCACAAUCCAACUUAGACGUCUUUAACACCCUACAUGCCAUUUUCACUACGCAGCCAGAGAUUCAGAGCCCGGCGCAGGUGACGGUUUCUGAGUCAACCAUGACCAGUGUGAGAGUGAGCUGGGGGCCGCUGCAGCCUGCAUCUGUACAGACUUACCAGGUGGAGUACUCCACCCUUCCAACAGGGAAACUCCAUGUGCUCACGGUUAAUAACAGGCAGAACUCGACAGUACUGACUAACCUGCAGCCUGGGACACAGUACCUGGUCACCGUGAGCGCCAGCUACUUCUCUGGCAAAGAGAAAGCCAUGUCUGUCAAAGCAUGCACUCAAGAAGUGUUGCCAGCUCUAGCAGAUCUGCAUCUCACUACGGUGGGAAAUGACUCAGUGCUGGUUAAGUGGAAGGGAGGUGCUGAAGGUUUACGUGGUUACUGGCUGACAUGGGAAGGCGAGUCUGUACAAUCCUCUAGGCAGCGUUCCACUUUGUACCUGCCACCCCACCUCCUCUCUACAACACUUACCCACGUACCCCACAAUGCUCGUGUCUGCGUCUCCCCUGUUUACAAGUCAGCUCGAGGAGAUGGGCUUUGCUGUACGGCUCACUUCGGCUCAGCUGCAUUUACUUGGAGUCACAACUUGUAGUCCUGCCAGACAGAUGGAUGCCGAGCUGAAAACCUUACCACAGAUGGAAAAAGGGGAAGAGAAACGGUUAUAACUCAUACA